CAAGUUUCUAAGACCGCAUCCAUCACACAAAAAUGUCUGACUCUGAGGCUGCUGAUCUGUCGAGCAAAUACGUCCUUCAAACUGCUGGCUUUGACGCUCGCUUUCCGAACACCAACCAGACGCGUCAUUGUUUCCAGAAUUACACGGACUACUUUAAGUGCGUCGCCGCCAAGGGUGAAGACUUCGCACCAUGCAAACAAUUUAAGCGCGCCUACAACUCAUUGUGUCCUAAUGAAUGGGUAGCGAAGUGGGACGAGCAGAGGGAGAACGAAACAUUCCCUGCAUCACUCGAGCCUUGAUAGUCUAUGCUCUUGCACCUUUCUAUUCAAUGAUAGACUCUUGCUUCAGUGAUUUUCUGCGAACCUUUGUACGCUGCUUCUAAAUUUCCAGGCUUUGGGAACAGUUUCCACUGCCACAAUCUGUGAUUUACAGACUCCCGCUGUAAGGCAUUAUUGGCAAAUGAAAUUGAAGUUCUGAGCUUGA